AUGAGCAAACCAAGCUCUAAUGAAAAGGAUUCAAAUGCAGAGGAUUCAAAUGCAGAAGAUUCAAAUGCAGAAACAAGAAUUCCUCAAUAUACUCCUUCAAGGAUUAUUACAAAGAGACAUCCUCAAAAUCAGGUUAUUGGUAACAUGGACAUAGGGAUUUUGACCAGAAGAAGAGCAAAAACUACUAAACAAGCUCAAAUUGCUGAGCACUGUUGUUUGAUGGAUGUCAAAACUGCCUUUCUCAAUGGCUAUCUUGGUGAAGAAGUUUAUAUGGAACAACCAGAAGGUAAUGACAUUCUAGUUAUUGAAGUAUAUGUGGAUGACAUUAUUUUUGGCUGCAAUAAUGAUUCCUUGUCUAAAAAGUUUUCUAAAAUCAUGGAAUCUGAAUUUGAAAUGUCCAUGUUGGAUGAAUUAACCUUCUUCCUUGGUCUUCAAGUAAUGCAGCUUAAACAAGGCAUUUUUCUGUCGCAAACUAAAUAUGCCAAAGAAAUGCUUAAGAAGUUUAACAUGACAGACUGCAAACCAGUUACCACUCCAAUGGAAACUGGUUGUAAAUUAUCUAUGUCUGAUGACUCACCUGAGGGUACUUUAGAAUAUGGUGUAUGGUAUCCUCGAACUAAUGAUUUCACUCUUGUUGGUAUCACUGAUUCUGAUUGGGUUGGCUGUAUAGAUGAUCACAAGAGCACCAGUGGUGCUGCCUUCUUUCUAGGCGAUUGUCUUGUUGCUUGGCACAACAAAAAACAAGAUUGUGUUACUUUGUCCACUGUAGAAUCUGAAUACAUUGCUGCUACUGCAUGUUGUACAUAG